CUCUCUCUCUCUCUGACUGAAAAUAGAUCCAGCUGGGUUUGGUUUGGCGAUCAGCGGCUCGCGUUUCCACCACAUUUUCUUCCACAAUAAGCGGACAGUACCGACUUUAAACCGAACCGGAGGAUUUACCGCCGUCUCCUCGGGCUCCAUCUCGCUCCCGUCCCAGGCUCCGUGCUGUCCGUGCAGCUUUCACACUCGCACAUAAAUAUUUCACACACCGUUUCUCCGUGGUUGCUGCCUCCGCCGCUGAAGUGAUGUCUGUCGCGGGGUUGAAGAAGCAGUUCCAUAAAGCCACCCAGAAAGUCAGCGAGAAGGUUGGAGGUGCGGAAGGAACCAAGCUAGAUGAUGACUUUAAAGAAAUGGAGAAGAAGGUGGACGUCACCAGCAGAGCAGUGUUGGACAUCAUGACCAAAACUACAGAAUACCUUCAGCCUAACCCAGCAUCAAGAGCCAAGCUGAGUAUGAUCAACACCAUGUCAAAGAUCCGUGGGCAGGAAAAAGGACCUGGUUACCCACAGGCUGAGACCGUCUUAGGAGACGCCAUGUUGAAGUUUGGACGGGAGUUAGGAGAGGAGUCCAGCUUCGGCUUGGCCCUCAUGGAUGCUGGUGAGGCGAUGAAGGAACUCGGGGAGGUGAAAGAUGCUCUGGACAUGGAGGUCAAACAGAACUUCAUUGAUCCACUGCAGAAUCUUCAUGAUAAAGACCUCAAAGAGAUACAGCAUCAUUUGAAGAAGAUGGAAGGCCGACGUCUGGACUUCGACUACAAGAAGAAGCGUCAGGGGAAAGUCCAGGAUGACGAAAUCAAACAGGCACUGGAGAAGUUUGAUGAGAGCAAAGAGAUCGCAGAGCAGAGCAUGUUUAACCUACUGGAGAGCGACAUAGAGCAGGUGAGCCAGCUCUCAGCAUUGGUCCAAGCUCAGUUUGAAUACCACAGCCGUGCCUCUGAAAUCCUCCAACAGCUCUCCAGGAAGAUGGAGGACAGGAUAAAAGAAGUGUCCAGUAAACCGAGGAAGGAGUACACUCCAAAACCCAGAAUGACACUGGAGCUGCUGCCACCCAGCGAAAGCCACAAUGGAGGGAUACACUCUGCCAAAUCCCCAGGAAGAUCACCAGCCCCUAUGGACCAGCCAUGUUGUCGAGCGCUCUACGACUUUGAACCAGAGAACGAAGGUGAGCUGGGCUUCAAAGAGGGGGAUGUCAUCACCCUGACCAAUCAGAUCGAUGACAACUGGUACGAGGGUAUGAUCAACGGCCAGUCAGGCUUCUUCCCCAUCAAUUAUGUGGAUAUCCUGGUGCCGCUCCCGCAUUAGGUCCUGUUA